AUGUCGGUUCUAGGGUCCAGUGUGGCUGAGAUGAACGCAGCCAGGAAUGCGACAAAUGACGGCACUGGCGCCCCAGGGCUACGGAAUAAUGGAACCCCCGACAACAGUGCUCCAAUUGAAAUUUAUCUUCGCACGAUCCUGCUCCUCAAUCACGCAAAUACAGGUAGCUAA